AUGCCCCCUCCAAAGCUCUACAUCCAGCAUAUUCGGCUCAACGGUAUUGUCGAGAGAAUACAGGCCAGAGAGCGUAACGGUCAGGUCUAUAUUCUCCUCCAGGACGCUCAGGAUAUCUUUGGGAAUGCAAGGCGGUUCCAGUACAAUCGUGUCGGAGUGCCAUUCAUGACCGAUGAGAAUGAUCGCAGAAUCGAACCUCCCCGCAUCGCAUACUACGAGGACUGCAUCCUGGAUGUCGUUGUUGGCCCCGGCUCCGAGGAAACCCCUGCCCUAACGUCCAGCGUGCCCAUCAACAUCCCCUCGCCGCAGUCGACUGCGCCUAUAACUCCCGCGUCAUCCUUUACUAGCAGUGUAGCUUCACCAAGGUCACUGUCUCCAAUCUCUGUUGCGCCUCUGUCCAUUGUUCGGCCUUCUCUGACAGCAGCCCUGUCCCCAGUCUCGGAGACUACAAAUAAAACCACGAACACAGAUGGAGCUGCUACGCCAAACCUGCGAGGACGGACCGCCUCUGUUGAUUCCAUAUCGUCAAAAUCAUUGAAGAUAGAACAGAGGUCACCAAUAGAACUGGGACCCAGUCUGGAUAUAGCGCUGAAUGAAAAUACGCGGCCCGGAGAUACCGACAAGUCUUCUCAAGGAAUCAGCAAUGGGAUACAUCCCAGGGGCGUGUCCACGGAGUCAAUCGCAUCAGAGCCGCUGUUUCGCACUGCCCAGACCGUUCAUACAAUGCCAAUUGCAUUACUCGAUGAAUAUGAAGAUACCACUCAGCAACCUUCCACUCCGCCUCCUCAGCAACAGCAGUACGAAGAUCCUGCCUCUCCAACAGGAGUGCGCAAGUCCUCAGUUUAUAUUGCCGACGGUAGCUACCAGCCAGUGACUUCUUACAACUCGCAUCCACUGCCACCCCUGCCAGGUCAGCCCAUGGAGGCGUACGCGGCUCAGUAUCAGCUGCAGCAACAGUACCAACAUCAGUAUCAGCAGCAGCCCUACCAACUGUACCAGCAGCCGUACCGACAGCAGCACCAGCAGCACCAACAGCAUCAGCAGCAAUAUCUGCCGCCUCCUCACCCACUCAGCGUAGCAACAAGUCCACCUAUCCCUCCACGGCCCCAAAGCAUCGCAUCCUCGUCAUCUAUAUCAACUCAACCAUUCCAUCGGCCCUCUAUUGCACAUGCGCCUCAAGCAUUGGAUCCAGAGGGAAGAGCUUUGUUGGCUUCAUCUCCGACCGCCAGCUCUUUUACUACCCAGCAGCCAUUUGAAUCGUUCUCUCAUCACCAAAAUCCUCCAGGUCAGCUUGAACGGAUGAGCCUUCGUCUUCCCGCGGAAACUGAAACAAAUUCAGAGAACGAUACAACGGUCAAGGAUCUAAAAAUGAAAUUACGCCGCGCACAGGAUCAAACGUUAGCGUACGCAAAAAUGAACCACGCCUUGGCACGGGAAUCUCUUCAGAUGUCGGCCAAGAUCAUGAAUAGAGCUACUCUUAUCCAAAAUAAGGUCCAAGCUGUCCUGACCCAGAACCAUGAGCCUCACGAGAACCCAGUGGCGCGCUUGUUUAUUGUCCUCCCUGUCUUGAUCCUAGAUCAGAGUAAUCCUGCUAAACUUGUACCCGCAAGCGAUCAAAGAAAGUUCCGGCUGCAUUUCCUGUGCGAAUGCGGACAUCACACGAGACCUCUACGGUCUUCCGGCUUGAACAGCAUUCAUUUUGUGGAGCACGAGGGUUAUGAGAUCGAGCAUCCUGUGGAGUUCUUUGAAAAGUACGGUGCGUUCAUCAGAAGUCUCUCUCACAUGUUGCGGAAGGGUGUCAAUUGUGGCUCGGUCUCUAUUUCGCCGCUUUUAUCCUUGCCACAGCAAGCUCAACAGCAAAACGACGCCAACAGCGCCUAUCACGGCAACCCUGUGGGCCAAGAAAUCUUGAAAAAUCAGAUUUUGGAUACAAGGUUGACGGAGACGAUCGACUAUCUCGACUCGCUCGAUCCCAUGGACUCGCCAGACAACAACGGCAGCAUGCAGGAUCUCGUGGAGUACUUUGACGGAACAAAUAUUCGACAGCUCCAGACUUAUAUCAGGAUCCCUCCGCAGGACUUGCUGAGCCUUGCUGGUCUAUAUAAAAUCGUUACCAGUCGAGGACAUGUCAAGUGGGUCUGCGAGGAACACUACCGAUCGACGAUCCAUCAUCAGAAUGAGCUCUUGUUCCAGCAGGAGCUCUCAGGUCUUGGCGGACAAUAUGAUCUCCGGACUGGUCGAGCUGCAGUUCAACUCAGGUCUGCUCAAGAUGCCAACCAACUCUACAAAAUCAUGAGCAAGGCCCACAACCUGCAGGAGCUCAACGUCGGGCUCAAAUGGUCGUUCAACGAGAGUGAUCUUCAGAGAUUUGUCCAGGCCAUUCAGGAUUCUAAGAUCAGGACGUUGGUACUAGAUGGUGGCAAACAAAAGUCAGAAUCAACGUCCAGGAAGCUCGUAACUUUUGGCAAGAAAUACGACCCUCUACUUCGCAUUAUCUAUGGCUCCAAGAUCGGAACUCUGCGGUUGAUCAACAUUCCGUCGCUACUGCUCAAAAUCUCGACCAAGCAGCCCCAGCCGCUCUCUCAGGCAUAUGGAAUCAAAGCGUUGCACUUGGAAAACGUGGGCUCACUGGAUUUUUCGGCGGCUGAAAAGUCUGGCAACUAUAUCAGUACGAGUCUCAGCAUCGGUCAUGGGGCUGGACGCAACCCUUCACUCACCUUCUUGAAGAACCUGCUGACGAAUUUUCGCGCCCUUGCCGAGCUCAGCUUGCCAGGGAUGGGCAUUCGAGACGAGGGUAUCGGCCUUAUCACAGAACAAACUCAUUUACGAAAGACUCUGCGAAGUAUUAACCUCUACAACAAUGGUAUCUCACCCGUCGGCGGACGGCUGCUGGCAGCCUUUUUGACGCGAGAGAAGGCCCUGGUCCAGCUGGAUUUGGGAAUGAAUGAGAUCGGAGACGAGACGCUGGCUUUUAUAAUUGAUGCGUUGGGACCCAACCUCUCGCUUUUGAAUCUGGAGAGCACUGGAUUCCGGGAUUCUGCUGCCAAGGCCUUGGACAGAAUGAUUGAGAACUACAGCCCGUCCUGGAAGUUAGAGCCGCAGCUAGAAUACCUGAAUCUUGCAACGAACGGUUGGACCACAAGUAGCAUCCAGAGUCUCGGCAGGAUCAUCAUGCAGCUGCGACUUGAAAUACCCCCUCCCUCGUCGCCUUCAAUAUCAGCACCCUUACCGCGGAAGCACGACAAGCCAGGGCAGUUGGAGAUGGGGCCUGCGGAGAGCUUUUUGGUGGUCAAUUCGAUGAUCAGAACCUCGCAUAUGGCACCAUCGAUAGACAAGCCGUGGUAUCAGCAAACGGAUUUUUUGAAUGGCCAUCUGGCACUUACGGCCAUCAAGGAGUCGUAUACCCUUCCGUCCAUGAAGGCACAGGAAUCAAUCGCUACUAAUUCAAAGCUCAAGGUGCUACAACUCUCUGAUGCAGGCCUUACAGAGAGUGCGGCGCGGUAUCUAAUUGGACUUCUGGACGUUAACGUGCUGACCAAGCUGGAUCUGAGGAGGUGCAUCCGCCUGUUUAAGCCUCGCGAGAUCCUGAGAAUACUCGCAAGAAUCUAUCCCAACUCAUCAUACAUGCAAGAGGGAGGCGAAUCUAUGCAACAGCAGCGGCAGGACGUACCCCAAGCACCUAGGCCGUACGGAAUUGCAGGAACGCCGCAAAACUACUUGCGGUUUAUUCAUUUGAAUGCGACAGGCGUCGAUGACCAUGUGGCGCGUAUCUUGGCCCAAAGCCUGGAAUCCAAGCCCUGUUGUAUCGAGCGACUGGAUAUCGGAAGCAACUGCUUGACUCACCAAGGCAUCACUAUGAUUUUAAAUGCGCUCUGUCAAAACACAUCGCUCCAGCACCUCAAUCUCGGUCAGAACUUCGACGCACUCAACGUUGUCUAUCCUUCUGCGGCAGCUACUUUGGCUCGGGUCACGCGUGAGGCGUUCCUACGGUUUAUGAUGACGAACAAGACGCUUCAGAUCCUGUACUUUAUCUCCGCAGAUAUCGAGGUGGUUGCCAGGGGACUGAAAUCGAACUCAAGCAUCCGGUCGCUGGCAUUUGAUCGGCUGGAGGGGUCGCUCAAUGACGUGGAGGCCUUUGUACGAGCACUGGCUGUGAACCAGACAUUGAUGCGGUUCAAGGUCUACGAUAAUCGACAGACACCAUUUUUGGAGGCGUUCUAUGGAAACGGUCAGCAGCAGCAGCAGCAGCAGCAGUAUCAGCAGCAUCAGCAGCCCGCGUACCCUUCGAACCCACGCUACCAGUACCAGCAACCUCAGCAACAGCAGCAGUCUAUUCAAUAUGUGGAUCCGUUCAAGGACUUUAAGCAGGAGGCGAUCAAGGCGAUUGAAAAUGGCAUCACACUCAAUGAUACACUGAUUGAACUGCAAUGGCCCGAGAUGUUUGAUCGGAUGCAGCCCUGGACGGAGCGAUUGGAGGGGGUUCUGGCCCGCAACAUAGCCAAGCUGAGUAGCGGUGCUGGAAACAAUAAUGACGCUGGGCAUGAGGGCGCUAAGGAGAGAGGCAUGUUCCAGCACAGCGGUAGGGUCACCCGUGGCCUCUCCGUCCUUUCGACGUCGUCAACACUCUCGAAUGGAUCCAACACCUCUUCGAACUCAUCACUGUCGUCCAUGUCGUCGUCAAAUGCAUACCUGAGGGACAAAAGUUUAAGCCGCAGUCAGAGUGGAUUUGCGCCAGUACAAUCGACAGGGCCGACUGAAGGAUAUUCAUACAGCAUUCACAGCAAUAGCAACCAUGAUAGCCACCACUCAGUCAACGGCGAUCAAAGAGGUACUGGCGGAAACGGAUGGGAUAUGAGAAAGCUAUCGAUGCUGGAUCUGUCGCCUUGGACAUUGAAUCAGCUCAGGAAUACACCUUCUCGAGAACAGCAACAGGCUCAUGCACAGAAACAAAAGCAGCAGCAGCAGCAGCAGCCUCGGACCAUCAGGAUCGAGGCCGAGACCCAUAUCAUGCAACGAUUCAAGAAAUGA